AUGUUGAAUGAGCUGCGAAAAACGCUUAUUGAUAAUCAAGCCCAUUCUUCACAGCAGCAAUUGCAUCAACAGCAUCAGCAGCAGCAACAACAGAAACAGCCGAAUAUUUUAUCAUUGAAUCAGCUGCUCAUGGCCGACCAGGCUUUUGGUAGUUUACAUGGGUCGGCGUCUACAGCGACAUUGUCGAUUCUCGGUAAUCUCACGAGCUCGUCGCUGAAAACCGCGGCUAAUGGUGGUCAGUUAAAUAGUAAUCUGGUCAAUGAGCAUUUGGACGCGUUUUCUGCUCUGCUUGAUGAGGCGGCCGAGUUGCUGCCAGUACCUAUUGAUUCGCAUGGUGGAGCUGGCUGGAGCAGUACCAUGCCUCGGUCGGUAUCGAAUCCACCGCUGAUUCUCCAGGGAAGUCCUGUGGUCAAUACUACUGGAUCCAUUGCUGCUAUUGGCAGCGGGGUAACUGGUGGUGCUACUCCUAGUAUUGGAGCCACCAGUGGUAGUACGGAUUUGCGAGCAGUUCUUGAUCUGGAAUCAGCUAAAAAGAAACGAGUGGCUGCUGGUCUUGGUGAAUCAUCGCCACAGCUUCAGAACCAGCUGUUGAGUGCGUUGUCAAUGGCUUAUAUCGACAUGCCACGACCGCUGGUGUUUCAACGAGGCCACUCAACAGUCAAUUUUGCAUCUAUCACUAACUCGGUGUCGACCUUGAACCUGGCUAUUCUGCCGUCUUCGGCUCAAGGCAACAACAGCAGCAGUGUCAAUAUCACGCCAGUUCAACCCAUUUCGUCAAAAUACGCAUCCAACUACUCGGUGUUUACUACCGAAUUUAAAAGCCCAUAUAAAAUUCUGUCUGCAAACGACAUGGCCUGUCUGCUGCUGGGCCUGUCUCAGGUAGACUUGAAAAAACGGUCGAUUUUCGAUAUUCUCGAGGACAACUAUGGACAGUAUGUCGAGAAUAUUAUUAAUAACGGGUUGAACGGCGGCCAGCCCAAAUCUGUAUUUAUCUGUGGCCAUAUUCUGCCUAUAGUCAAGUCAAAUGGAAUCCACAGUCUGGCUAGUUUCUGGGUUCGAAGUCAUAAUGGGUUUAUUUCCUGGGUUCUUAAUGAAGUCAUUGCCGAUAAAAUUUAUUUGAAAGUGUCUACACUGGACUGGAAACUGUUGAGUAUAACUGGUGAUAACUACAAAAUAUUCACCCCACAACUGACACUGCCAGAAGACGAGCCCAAACUUAGGGAAAUGUCACUCAAGGACCUGAUUCCCGGGUUGAGUGAUAUUGAUGUCGAGUCUUUGGAGAAAUGGAACGCCGAUUUCCCAGGAUACAAAUACCACACGGUGCAAGCCCACUCGGCUAAUAUGCCGUGUUUCGCCAAACUCAAGUCGUACGAUGAUUUUGAAGCCACUGCUGAGAUCUCCAUUACAUCGAUGCCGCUCAUGGCCGGAGUAAUUGUUAUUGACCGCUGGUGCACUGUUGUUGACUAUAAUGAGUAUUUUGUAGGUACUUUACUGGGAUAUGGAAGAGACAGUAACAAGGUUUUGAGGGGAGCACCCGUCACUAGCAUUAUCCCCAGGUUCACUGACUACCUGGAAAAGGUUUUUGCCAGCUAUCAACUGGGUACAGAUGGCAAUCCAUUACCAAUAGGAUUGGUGAUUCCCGAGCAGGCUUUCCGUAAAGUGGCUGCUUUAGACCCGAAUCAAACGAAUGAUGGAGACUUGCCACGGUUGUAUCCAGUUACCGAUAUCUGUGCUGUGACAUUACAAGGCUCACACAUUCACGUUGAUAUUCAAUUGCGAGUGGUAUCUAACACGCAUUUUGCACUGUGGGUCAGUUACUCGCGUGAUAUCCAGGGUCUUCAUUCCGAAUAUGAGAUGCCUUCUCAACUAUCGCUCCUUGACAAUGUGCUCGAAUACCGGGCCAAUCUCAAGAAAUCUGGAAGCGGUGGUGGCUCUUCGUCCAACAGUCGUAGCAGCACUGCUGGAAGUGGAGAAAGUGUCAGUGCCGAGAGUAAUACACUGACUCCUAUGGACAGUGAGGACAGUCUUGUCACGCCUAAAGCAGCUGAACAGUCUGAUGCUCAAUUGUCAUCCUCAGAAACCAACGACAAGAAUGGCCACGAGACAGACGGUAGUAAACCACCAGCUAAGAAGAACCAGGCUGUACCAGAUGCUCUUUCCACAACCAACAGACGACCACCUGUAGAAAUUGGUGCCCGACGAAGACAGAAAAGUCUGAAAGAUUUCAACAUUGUUCAGAAGCUGGGAGAAGGGGCCUAUGGUAAGGUGUUGUUGGUGCAAUACCCAGUUGAGCCCAAAGACGUGGUGGUUCUGAAGUGUGUGAUCAAGGAGCGCAUUCUUGUAGAUACCUGGACACGAGACAGAAAACUAGGAACCAUUCCUAACGAAAUCAAAAUCAUGAACAAUCUAAACGCAUUACCACAUAAGAACAUUGUACGUUUGAUCGAUUUCUUCGAAGACGACUUAUACUAUCACAUUGAGAUGGAGCGGCACGGCAAUCCUGGGACCGAUCUGUUUGAUCUGAUCGAACUCAAGCCAGACAUGCCGGUUGAGGAGUGUAGACAGAUGUUCAAGCAAGUGACAUCUGCCGUGGUUCAUCUACACACGCACGGAAUCAUCCACCGAGACAUCAAAGACGAGAAUAUCAUUGUCGACGAGCAUGGUGACGUCAAGUUGAUUGAUUUCGGUAGCGCUGCACUUACAAGACAGGGUCCUUUUGACGUAUUUGUGGGCACUAUAGACUACGCAGCACCCGAAGUGCUGAGUGGCAUGCCCUACGAAGGAAAGCCACAGGACGUAUGGGCUCUCGGCAUCCUCCUGUAUACCAUCAUGUACAAAGAGAACCCGUUCUACAACGUGGACGAGAUCAUGGAAGGCGACCUGCGUCUGCCAUACAUCCCCAGCGAGUCCUGUGUCGACCUGAUCCAAAAGAUCCUCGAGCGCGACAUCCGAAACAGACCCAACAUCCACACCAUCUGGGAGCACGAGUGGCUGCAAAACUAG